AUGGCGAAUUUAGAUGCUAGUGCAGUUGCUCCCGAAGAUCGCGUGCGGUUUUAUAAGCUCAAGGUACAGUCGGUGUUUGAACGCGUAAAAAAGCUACAAUCCAAGGUCGAUUCAGAUGCUCUUGCCGAUCACAGUGACAGCACUCUAAAUGUUCUACUGGAGCAUAUCGACAAGCUAAGCCACUCCUUUAGCAAGGCCCAUGAAAGUCUAGAGGAGCUCGACUUUACUGAGAUGUCCAGCAAUUUGCGCACUGACUUUGAUGAUUUAAUAAUGGUCAUGCAGUCAACAAUAAUGUCCGAAGUGCAAAGUCGUACUGCUCAAGUGCAUCAUAGUUCCACGUUUAGUCGUCCAAGUGACCCUCCUCGCGCAUCCGCUCCCAGAUUGCAGGCUGCACCUGCGUUGCCGCCAUUAAAGUUACCUACGUUCAGCGGUGGAUAUGCUAAUUGGGCUGAUUUCUACUCAAUGUUUUCUACAAUCAUUGAAAGUCGGCCAGAAAUCAGCAAUAUGGAAAGACUUCAGCACCUCCGGUCCUGCCUCGAUGGCGCAGCGUUGGAUACGGCCCACAUCGUAAAGAUCUUAGGUCUCAAAAGAGUAGAAAACGGAACCAUAAUCAAGCUGCGUGAGCUAUCUGACAGCUUCAAUGUCCAUAUGCGUGCGCUCAGUAGUCUGGGCACAACAGAGCAGAUAGCCAGUGCCAUGAUUGCUCAGAUACUGCUACAGAAGCUUGAUGAGGCCUCACAAGCUAAAUGGGAAGAGAAAUUGGACAACUCAGAGACGGCUCUUCAGAUACCCAGAUAUGAAGAAGUCUCCUCAUUUCUUGAGCUUCGUUGCCGUACUUUGGAAUCGAUGAAAUUUGCUCUUACAAACUAUUCGUCAAGUAAGCCGAUGAAUUCUUGCAGUAAGGUUGCUACCAGUAGAUCAGCAUUUCUCGUAACCGGCCACAGUACUCACAGUUGCAAUUUUUGUAAUGAUCUUGAGCACACAAUCUACAAAUGCCCAAGAUUCGCAAACUUGUCUCCUAGUCUUCGCCUGAAUGAGGUCCGAAAGGCUGGCUUAUGUUUGAAUUGUCUCAAGGGAGGUCAUCAGUCGCGACAAUGUGGCUCGCGCAGUUGUCGGGUCUGUGGAGUCAAGCAUCAUACGCUUCUUCAUCUCGGCCACUCCAGCACAUCGCAGGCAGCAAUUCCGCCCCAUCAACAAUCUUCAACAUCAAGAGUACAGACCAUCCCUCAGCCCUCAGCACCAGCCACUACUCUCUUAUCCAAGGAUCAGCACAGCGAUGUUGUGCUCCUGGCUACCGCAGUGGUUCUGGCAAGGAAUCGGUUUGGCGAGCUUGUUCCUUGUCGUGCGCUUUUAGAUUCAGGCUCUCAACUACAUCUCAUUACAGCCAGAUUUGCGAAUCUCCUGCAACUUAAGAGAACAAAAUCGGUGGCAUCUGUAUGCGGCGUAGGCAACUCCAAUGUUGCCAUGGAUGGCAGCAGCAUUUGCCUCACUCUUCAAGCUCAUGCAUCUGAAUAUACAACUAGCAUAACGGCUAUGGUAGCUACAAAUAUAACUGGCAGGCAGCCCAGUUCUAAUGUGAAUACGAGCAAUUGGAGCAUACCGCAAAAUAUAGUGCUAGCAGAUCCAGCUUUCCAUAGGCCGCAACGAGUAGAUCUGCUUAUCGGAGCUAGCCUGUUUUAUGAUUUGCUCUGUGUGGGACAAAUCAAGUUGAUGCCUGGACUUCCAUUGUUACAGAAGACUCGUCUUGGUUGGGUUGUAUCAGGUGGCGAGGCUCGCAACCACAACUCCGUGCUAAUAGCUUCAAAGACGCCUUUGGAUCCGAUUACAGACUCCUGUGCUGAUAUCAAGUUGGACAGUCUCGUUCGUCGCUUUUGGGAAGUUGAGCGCUGCAGCGAUUCCAUUGUUUCCUCUGUAAGCCCAGAUCUCAGUGGCCAGUCUCAGCACUUCCAGAAAGAACUUCAAUUGAGCGUCGAAGAACUGUGCUUCUUGUAA